AUGAGCUCCGCCCUUACAAACACGUCCUCAAAGUCGAUUCUGAACAAUUUUCCAAAACCGAUUACCCUUACAAUCAUACAAUUCGCCUUCGUUUCUGGGUGGUGUAUUUUCUUCGCAUUAUUAGCGCAUGUUUUCCCACGACUCCGCAGCAUCAUACCCGCACUAAAGCAUGGCAUUCGCCCUCCGAGUCGCGACGUGAUAGCGACUACCGUGCCUCUCGCUUUAUUUCAAAUUGGUGGGCAUAUCUUAUCCUCCACAGCUACAGAAAAGAUACCAGUGUCACUUGUCCAUACAAUCAAAGGGCUUUCACCGCUCUUCACUGUUUUGGCUUACCGUUUGUUGUACGACAUUCGCUACCCUUUGAACACAUACCUCUCCCUAAUUCCGCUGACGCUUGGAGUUGUUUUGGCUUGCAGCGUUGAGUUCUCAGGCAAUCUAUUUGGCAUCAUUUGCGCCUUUGGUGGGGCACUCGUCUUUGUCACGCAGAAUAUAUUCUCCAAAAAGCUCUUCAACGACGCCGCUCGCGCUGAGGAUGACGGGCCUUCAGCAGCUUCAACCUCACGCAAACUAGACAAGCUCAACCUACUAUGCUAUUGCUCUGGUCUCGCCUUCCUGCUGACACUUCCGAUAUGGCUGUGGACAGAUGCUGUUCCACUCUAUUCGGCCCCCCUCUCGCUCACGCCUCACAUAAUUCGCUCUUAUCGUCAACCAUCCUCAAUGUACCUCCCUCUUGAGUUCUUCUUCAACGGAGUCUUCCAUUUUGCCCAGAAUAUACUGGCUUUCGUACUUCUCUCCAUGACCUCUCCGGUCACGUACUCGGUGGCUUCGCUUAUCAAACGAGUCUUCGUUAUCGUUAUGGCCAUAGUCUGGUUCGGCAACAGCACCACGCCUGUUCAAGCUGCGGGCAUAGCCCUCACCUUUCUCGGCCUCUACCUUUAUGACCGUACAAGCGAUGCCUCGAAAGCGGACCGAAGGGCAAAAUUAGAGCUUUCCACCAAACAUGAGCCAUUGCUUCCUCUCGCAAUGAAAGACACUAGCAUCACCGAAUCACCAGUGGGUUUAGGUCUCAGCAAGAUGUUUGGCUCCGCAAGCGGGCAAAUAACAGGGGAAGAGAAAAGAUCAGAUGCGACUGGACCCGGAAGACCAAGAGCUGGAAGUAUGAGUGUCAGUCCGCACCCAGGUAUGAAACAAGAAGAAACAUGGCGGCCUCGAGACCAUAGCGUCAAUCGUACUGUUACUGUGAGAUGA